AUGACAACUAAAGACAUUGCGCAGAUGAUGAUGCAGGACAUUGAUGGGGGUCCAGAUUUCAAGAAACUCUUCAUGUUCAUGCUGGAAAAUGUCGUUAUAGAGACUCCGGCCGACGGCAAUUGCAAGCCUAAGAUUAUGCAUUUCAUCGACGAUGCGUCUGAGACAAGAGUUGAAGAUGGAGGUGGUACAAUUGUGGUGAGGAAAGAUGGAACUGGUACCGGAUCUAAGAGUAAAACCCAGACAGAGAAAGCCACCAAAAAGAGUGCAGCGGUAGAGGAAAGUGUCAAGAUACCUGCCUCGGCCAAGGGGGAACGCGCUGAGAUUCCGGUUGACAAAACAACACAGCCCAUUAAGGAGGGAGCUACUAAGGGAGGGAAGGGAAAACAGUUGGCCAUUCCAAAGAAACCAGCUUCAGCUAAGGGGAAGGACAUUAAGAUUGGUAUUGUGAAAACAACACAACCAUCUAAAGAUGUAGCUGGAAAGGGUGGGAGUGGAAAAGAAUUGACCAUUCCAAAGGUGGUUGCAAAAGGAAAAGGGAAAGGCAAGCAGAUCCAACAGGAUGAGGCCGGAGAUGUGGAGGCUACGAAUCUUGCAACAUCUCGAUUGAAGAAAGCAAGCCUGGCUGCCCGUUCUCCAUUGAACGAGCGGGCGGUUAGACUAACAGCCAAACCCAACAAUGUUGACAAGGAGGUCUACUACUGGGUACUUAGCACAACUGACAAAAAUAAGGAUUCUGUUGUCUACCAAGACAGCUUUAGGAAAACUGUGCCGAUUGAGUUCCAGUCUUUAGCGUCAUUCAAGGCAGUGAGCCCCGCUAUUAUAGAUACUUGGAGCUCGUACCUGAAUAACAUGGAAAAGCUCAAGGUUCAAAAAAUGGUAGCUCAGGUCCGAAAAAGUAGUAUAUAUGUCAUGACAAUGCAUUGGAGGAACAACAUCUGCACCAUGGAGACGGGGGUCUAUGUGAUGCGCCAUAUGGAGACCUACUUUGGCGAGAGGGAGAAAGAAUGAGAGUGCGAACUCAGCGCCAAGGGGACAAAGAGCUUGGAAAUGUUGCGAAUAAAGUUUGCAAGGACUCUGCUUACUUGUGCACAUAACUCCAGAGAUGACAUCAACUAA